AUGGAGUUUGAGAAGGCGUGGGAGGACAGGAACCCACGGAAAACCUAUGCUCUACUAAAACAGUAUAGCUGCAAAACGAAAAGAUGUUCCCCUGUUCUCAACACUGCUAAUGGGGUAGCUGUCGGUGAAGCAACCCUUCCAAUUUGGAAGGAACACUUCAAGACCUUGCUGAACCGGCUAGCACCGUCAGCUCCUGAACUCGAGCACGUUCAUAGGCCGACAUAUGCGGUUAACGAGGAGCCACCGACUAAGUCGGAGGUUCUAGUCUGUAUUCAAAAAAUAAAGAAUGGAAAAUCUGGUGGAGACGACGGGAUUAGCGCAGAAAUGCCAAAAUAUCUUCCUCCGUCUGGGAUCCGUGAGAUGACAAAGAUCAUCCGUUCAAUAUGGAUAGACGAAAGGAUACCUGAUUCGUGGAGAAACGCUAUCAUAAUUCUCCUCCACAAGAAGUUAUCCGUCACGGACCCCAGGAAUUAUCGAGGAAUCUCUUUGCUGCGUGUUAUGUACAAGGUAUUGGAGCGCAUUAUCCUACUCAUUAAACAUCGCGAAGAAACAACGCGCGACGAGCAAGCAGGCUUUCGUCCUGGCCGAUCUACGAUUGACCAGGUGUUUAUCGUCAGGAGAGAGAUCGAAAUCUGGCAGCGGUAUUCGAAGCCAAUGCAACUAGCGUUUCUUGACUUUUAA